AUGCAGCUGGCUCCCAAAGAGAUCGAUAAGCUGCUUAUCAGCCAGACCGGCUUUCUCGCCCAACGCCGACUUGCUCGCGGUGUCCGCCUUAACCAUACCGAAUCCCUCGCCCUGAUCGCCUCAGUCCUACACGAGCUUGUCAGAGAUGGCGAGCACACCGUCGCCGAUCUCAUGUCAAUUGGCACCACGCUGCUUGGUCGCCGACAUGUCCUGCCUAGCGUUCCACAUACCCUCACCGAGAUGAUGAUAGAAGGCACCUUCAGAAAUGGAACGUAUCUGGUCACGAUACACAACCCUAUUGCUACCGAUGAUGGCAACCUCGACAGAGCACUGUAUGGCUCCUUCUUGCCUGUACCACCGGUGGACGAGUUCCCAUGGCCGCCAGCCGAAGGCCUGGAGGCCUGGAGUGCCGAGCGGAUGCCAGGUGCUGUCAUUGCAGUCAAGGGCGAGAAUGGUCGAAUAAAGCUCAAUGAAGGCAGGAAGAGGAUCAAGGUGAAAGUUACCAGUAAAGGCGAUCGCCCAAUUCAAGUUGGCAGUCAUUACCAUUUCAUUGAGACAAAUCCGUUGCUAGAAUUCGACCGCUUGAAGGCAAGAGGUAUGAGGUUGGAUAUCGCAGCCGGCACAUCUGUGCGAUUCGAGCCUGGAGAUUCGCGAACCGUCACAUUGGUAGAAAUCGCGGGGAAUAAAGUCAUCAGAGGUGGUAAUGACAUCGCAGCCGGUGGCAUACCCGUGAAUGAGGACUCAAUCGUCGAGCGUUUGAAAGCAGGCGGCUUCUUGCACGUGGAGGAUCCAACGGCUGACCAGGUACUUGACCCAUAUACCAUGGACCGCGAAAGUUAUAUCGCAAUGUUUGGACCUACCACUGGUGACCGGGUGCGACUUGGACCAACUGACCUCUGGAUACAAGUUGAACGUGAUCUUACGGUGUAUGGUGAUGAAUGCUCCUUUGGCGGCGGUAAGACCAUUCGUGAUGGCAUGGGUCAGGCUUCUGGUCGUGCCGAUAAGGACGCCCUGGACACUGUCGUGACGAACGCGCUCAUUGUUGACUACACCGGUAUCUAUAAGGCAGAUAUUGGUAUUAAGGAUGGCAUCAUUGUUGGCGUGGGCAAGGCUGGGAAUCCGGACGUUAUGGCUGGCGUUGACCCUCGCAUGGUCAUUGGAAGCACGACAGAUGUGAUUGCAGGCGAGCACAAAAUUGUCACAUAUGGCGGAUUCGACUCUCACAUUCAUCUGAUAUGCCCUCAACAAGCGUACGAAGCAAUUGCGAGCGGCAUUACGACUUUCCUGGGCGGCGGAACUGGACCAAGCACCAGUACGAAUGCAACGACUUGCACCCCGAGCACCAAUAUGAUCGAAUGGAUGCUGCAAGCGUGCGACUCGCUGCCUGUCAAUAUCGGUAUCACUGGCAAAGGAAAUGAUGCAGACCCAACUGGCUUGCGAGAUCAAGCUGAGGCAGGUGUAUGUGGUCUCAAACUACACGAAGAUUGGGGUACCACACCCAAAGCCAUCGACACUUGCCUGUCAGUCUGCGAUGAGUACGAUAUUCAGACCCUCAUUCACACCGACACGCUUAAUGAGUCCGGCUUCGUGGAGACCACGGUCAAGGCUUUCAAGGGACGAACGAUCCAUACGUACCAUACUGAAGGCGCCGGGGGCGGCCACGCACCUGAUAUCAUUUCCGUUGUUGAGCAUCCUAAUGUGCUUCCAUCUUCCACGAACCCCACGCGACCGUACACGGGCAACACCCUGGAUGAGCAUCUCGAUAUGCUCAUGGUCUGCCAUCACCUUUCCCGAAACAUUCCAGAAGACGUUGCUUUCGCCGAGUCUCGCAUCCGCGCGGAGACAAUCGCAGCAGAAGAUGUACUGCACGACCUAGGAGCCAUAUCUAUGAUGUCUUCCGACUCCCAGGCGAUGGGUCGCUGCGGAGAAGUGAUACUGAGAACCUGGAAUACGGCGCAUAAGAACAAAGUGCAACGUGGUUUCCUACCCGAGGAUGAAGGCACUGGCACUGACAACUUUCGGGUCAAGCGAUACAUCUCGAAAUACACCAUCAACCCGGCCAUCGCGCAAGGAAUGUCGCAUGUCAUCGGCUCCAUCGAGGUUGGUAAGCUUGCAGACUUGGUGCUGUGGGAUCCUGCAUGCUUUGGCGCAAAACCUGCUCAGGUCGUGAAAGGUGGCAUGAUUGCAUGGAGCCAGAUGGGAGACCCCAAUGCCAGUAUCCCUACUGUGGAGCCUGUCAUUAUGAGACCUCAAUUUGGCGCUAUGAUCGCCAGUACAGGAGUCGUGUUCGUAAGCAAAGCAAGUGUUGACAAUGGAAAGGCGAAGCAAUAUGGUCUCAAGAAGAGGAUUGAAGCCGUCAAGAACUGCAGAAAUGUCGGCAAAGCAGACAUGAAGUGGAAUGAUGCCAUGCCAAAGAUGAAAGUUGAUCCGGAAAGAUAUAUGGUCGAGGCAGAUGGCAUUGAGAUGAAGGCCGAGCCAGCGAAGACGCUUCCUUUGACGCAGAGUUAUUUCAUCUAUUAGCGAGAGGAAUGGGCAAUGCCCGGAGUGACCAAAAUGAAGUCGGUUUCCUCUCCGCG